AUGUCUCAGCCUGGACCUGUUACGAGAAUCCUAGCAGUGAGCGGUAUAACCGCGGCCGUCGCAAUGGCCGGCUAUGCUCUUUACUUCGACCACCAGAGGAGAAACAACCCUGAGUUCAGAAAGAACCUGAAACGCAAAUUAAAGAAACACGCGGAAAUGGAAAAGUUGGAGAAGGAAAAGGCUAAGCAAUUGAAACUUGCGCAAGUUGGGGAAUACUUGACUGCAGAACUUGCGAAGGAUCCUAUUUCUACUGACCCAGAGCAGAGAGAAGUCGUGUUUACGUCCAACGUUGAGCUCGGUGAAAAGUUAGCCAGUGUGCCCGGUAACGAGCUUGAAUCUGCCUUGAAAUUCUACAAGGCUUUGAGCGUGUAUCCUAACCCGGCUGAUUUGCUAGGUAUCUACCAGAGAAGCGUCCCUGAAAGCGUUUACGAAUACAUCGUGUUGAUGAUUGCAAUUCUCCCUCCUGUAAACGUGUCCACUUUUCUCAGCGGUGCACAAGGUGGUGUAGCUUCGGUUGCGCAGGCAGUUGCGGGCCAGGCCGGCCAAUCCGAAGCUGGUGUAACAGAAAUCGACGAAUAA